UGGCCAACGACAGCCAUUUUUCUCUUUUUUUUCACAGUCAUUUGGCCGCGCUCUCCGGGAAACUCGACAUGCUGCACAUCGGCGCCCAGAGAGUCGUCUCAGCGCUCCCAGCACCAUCAUAGGUCUCCAGACGGCUCCUUCAAUGUGGAGGAUCAACCUGCGGUCACAGCCGUCCCGGCCGUCUCCCCCUUUCGAUCCCAUCGUUGAAGCUUGGCUGGACUCACUGCCGCCGCCGGCGGCGAACCCCUCGUCGAAAGAGCUCAAGCAGUGGAGGUUAACCGACUACCAUGGCCUCGGCCGGAGCGUCUUUGUCAUCUGCAUCGUCCUCCGGGCCGCUUCGCUGGCCGUCUCCCUUCCCGUAACGGGCGUCAUCGCAUCCGUCAUCGCGGGGCGGCGAGGCCAGUUCAGCGCCAUCGAGCGCCUUCUACCUGUUGUGAUCGUGUGUCCGGUAGUUGCUGUCUGGAACACGGCCGAGUUGGUCUCCGCCCGUGUCCGACGGGGUGGAGGAAUCUCUCCCAACGUCCACGUCGUGGUUGACGGCGUUUUGUUUCUAGGCGUCGCAACCGCAACCGGAUCACUGCUGGUUGAUGUCAUCUGCGGCUUCACCGACUUUGAGGCCACCUUCGACACGGCGGCAGAGGAGAUCAGCAGCAUCUGCCUCCUGGUUGUCAUGAUGGUAAUCCACUCCUUCCUCCUAUUCUUUUUCAUCUGCAACUACGUCGAGGAGACUCGCAGGAGGUCAGGAGUCGCCCAUCGCCGGGGAAUGCCACGAUACACUAGCAAUCCCAGCCCAUGGCCGACCGCCGGGUACACCGCAAGCGACACAGGACCACCAGCAACCCCAGGAGCUUCCAAGUGCACUUUCGAUACCACAGCCUUGGAGUUGAGGGAGCCCUGCGAGAAGCCACCUCAUGAAACGGUCGAGUUCGCAGUCUCCCCGGAGCCUCGGCCACCAGCAACACUCCCUCCAGCCGCUGCUUUGGAGACCGCCGCCUUGGCCCAGGCCAUGUCGGGGUUGUGGGGUAAUUAUGGAGGCAGAAUCGCCUGCUCAGGCAAAGUCUCCGCUUGAGCACAAGGGGGCUGCCAACGGCAGUGAGGGAUUCGAUGAUACUUGGCGGUAGGCGAGGCUGUGCCGCACCAAUCUGACGUGGCAUUUUACGAGAGACACCGAAAAUGGUCGGGCAAGAAGGCGAAAACGCAAGGCGGCCGCCAUCCCAACGCGCCCUACCCUCAUCGGGCG